CCGCUCUCUAAAAUUCAAUUCCAAAUCUCGGGUCGUUCGUUUUUGUUUCCUCUGUAACUUAUUGUCAAUACAAUUCCCGGCGUCGAUCGGAUCACAUCACAGCAACACGGGAAAUGGCGAUGGCGAGAGGGAGCUCGGGGCUUGCCUACCCGGAGCGCUUCUACGCGGCGGCCUCCUACGCCGGCUUCGACGGAUCUCCCUCCCCCAAGGGCGUCAGCUCCAAGUUCUCCACCGACGUCGCGUUGCUCCUCUACGCCCUCUACCAACAGGCAACUGUUGGGCCAUGUAAGAUUCCAAAACCUAGAGGCUGGAGUCCCGUCGAACAGAGCAAAUGGACAAGCUGGAAUGGGCUUGGUAACAUGGCUUCCACGGAAGCAAUGCGCCUCUUUGUAAAGAUAUUGGAGGAAGAAGAUCCAGGGUGGUAUUCCAGAGUUUCCAAUUUUGUUUCAGAGCCUGUUGUUGAUUUGGCAAUAAAUCACAACCUGAAGGAUGAGCCAAUUGCACAAAAUGGAAAUGCUUUUCUUGAAACAAAGACAAUUUGUUCUGAAAAUGGGACCUCAUCUGAAAAUCAAGAUAAAGAUAUUGUAUUGGAUGGUCUUGGUUCAGUUAAUUUGUAUGAUCAAUGGGUUGAACCCCCGGUAUCCGGUCCACGCCCAAAAGCAAGAUAUGAGCAUGGAGCGGCAGUUAUUGAUGACAAGAUGUAUAUAUUUGGAGGAAAUCACAAUGGACGUUACCUUAGUGAUCUUCAGGUUCUAGAUUUGAGGAGUUGGACUUGGUCUAGGAUUGAAGUUAAACCUGGGAAUGAGUCUGUGGAAGCACCUUCUCCAGUAACAGUUUCUCCUUGCGCUGGCCAUUCCCUGAUACCAUGGGGGACAAAUAAGCUCCUUUGUGUAGCUGGACAUACCAAAGAUCCAUCUGAGACUAUUCAAGUGAAGGUUUUUGAUCUGCAAACUUAUACGUGGUCAAUCUUGAAGACUUAUGGGAAGCCGCCGGUCUCACGUGGAGGCCAAUCAGUGACCCUUGUGGGUUCAAGCUUGGUGAUAUUUGGCGGACAAGACGCAAAGAGAUCCCUUCUGAAUGAUUUACACCUUCUUGACUUAGAAACCAUGACUUGGGAUGAAAUAGAUGCUGUGGGGGUGUCACCUUCCCCAAGGUCUGAUCAUGCUGCUGCAGUACAUGCAGAGCGCUAUCUUCUGAUUUUUGGUGGGGGUUCACAUGCUACCUGCUUUAAUGAUCUGCAUGUUCUUGAUUUACAAGCGAUGGAAUGGUCAAGGCCCACACAGCAGGUCGAAAUACCAAGUCCCCGGGCUGGCCAUGCUGGUGUAACAGUGGGAGAGAACUGGUUUAUUGUUGGUGGCGGUGACAAUAAAAGUGGGGUUUCAGAGACUGUCGUCCUCAACAUGUCUACACUUGUUUGGUCUGUUGUAACUACUGUUCAAGGGCGAGUUCCUAUUGCUAGUGAGGGCUUGAGUUUGGCCUUGAGCUCCUACAAUGGUGAGGAUAUUCUAAUAGCAUUUGGUGGUUAUAAUGGGCGGUACAACAAUGAGGUUAACAUCCUUAAACUGAGUCACAAAUCAACCUUGCAAUCCAAAGUGGAGACUCCUGUUCCCGACAGUGUAUCAGCAGUUCAUAAUGCUACAAAAGCCUCCAGAGAUGUGGAAUCUGAACUUGAAAAUGGCCAAGAAGGAAAAAUAAGGGAGAUUGUCAUGGAUAAUGUUGAUUCAGAUCCCAUGGGGACAAGAGUUGAAGAAAGCAACGAACGUCUUUUGGCAAUUCUCAAGGCAGAGAAAGAGACACUAGAAUCCUCAAUUAGCAAGGAGAAGAUGGAGUCUCUACAGCUAAAGCAAGAGUUAGCUGAAGCCGAGACAAGAAACACAGAUCUCUACAAGGAGCUCCAAUCCGUUCGUGGUCAGCUUGCUGCUGAGCAGUCUAGAUGUUUCAAACUUGAGGUUGAUGUAGCAGAGCUGAGACAAAAGCUGCAAUCAAUGGAAACACUACAGAAGGAACUCGAAAUCCUCCAACGACAAAAGGCUGCUUCAGAACAAGCUGCUUUAGGUGCAAGACAGAGGCAGGGCUCCGGCGGCAUGUGGGGUUGGCUUGCAGGAACCCCUCCAAACCAAAAGGAUGAAGAUGAUGAUGAUGCCUGAACAUUUAAACCCCAAAUGGCAAAUACAGAGUCAUUACUAGUUUUGGAGCUCAAUGAAUCCCUUUAUCUUUUUGUUUGUAUUUUUGUUUCUCUUAACCCAGUUCUUUUCAGAUAUGGAAAUAAGUUCAGUUCCUCUGCGUGUAGAUGGACCACCCCUAUUAAUGCAUACAUGCUUGUAAUUCCAGCUAUAUAAUUACAUGUAGCUGUCGGCAAUAUAUUCUGGUACAGUUUUUACAGAAGAUUUUUGUAAGUUUUAGUGAUGAAGAAAUACCAAGAUUUUUCAUAAGAUUCUA